AAUUGUGUGUUGAGCAGCGGGAUUCUGGACCGGCUGCUCAGAAUCCCGGUCUGAGCAGUUCAUGACUAACAAAGUCGUCUUCAUGACUUUGUUAGUCAUGAAGGUGACUAACAAAGUGAAGGUGUUAGUCACCUUCAUGAAAACUUUUACAGUCCCAAAUUGGGAUGAAAUAAAAGCAUGGAUCACUUUUUUAACAUCCAGGAAAGAUCAAAAAUGUCUCUUUUGAUUAAAGCUUAUAAUUUUCGUUGCAGUUAAAUCGUAAUUAAAAUCAGGAUAGGAUAUCAUUUAAGUCUGAUUUAAAACAGACUCAAAGCUACCUAAAACGUUUUUGUUCAUUAGAUUUAAAGAUUAAUUAUCACAUAACGUACAGUGAGCCUACUAUUUAUAAAGAAGCUAUUAUCUCUGUAAUAUGAACGCUUACUGCCCCAUCGCCUUCUAAAAGAGUCAUUCAUACCACAGCAGACAGAUGUUACAUGAGAGUUUGCUGCUAUUGAAGCGAAAAGCGUGGUGAGAAAGAGAGCUGUUGUUUUCCUCCGCUCCGUCCUCAUGACAGCUGUGGAGUGGAGGUGUGGAUCUGCAGCCGGGGGGAUUCUCCAUCGCACGGCGCGGCCCUGCGCUCACAGACAAAUAUGCAGUGUGAUAUCAAUGUGUGGGCUUUCUUCUCUGAAAAAAGGACUGGUUCAGAUUAACUCAUCAAACACUCUGAAGCCUUCAUUGUGUGGUUUUUUUUUUGUUUUGUUUUGUUUUGUUUUUUUUUGCAUAAAAAGAAAUUCACAGAAAUGCUUUAUUUCAUCCGUAGAGCUCAGAUAAAACUUGACUGUCUGCUUAUCUUGCUGUGAAAACAGAUGAUUUAUGUACGGUCUUCACACUUGAGUUUAUGUGUCACUGCGAUAAGGCUGGUAGGCCUGUGUUCAUGUCUGCGUGCUUUAUGAGUGUUUAUUGAGACCACAGAUUGUCGGACUGCCUACUGGAGGACACAAACAAUAUUCCGUGGGAAUGCAGUGUCCCACCAGUUCCCAGUCCCAUUCCUUAUCUCCAAGCAUUCCCAUAUGAGCGAUGUAUAUUAUCUUCAAAAAGCAGGAGCAUUUUGACUUGUCGGAUGCUUAUGACCGUGUGCAAAUGGAAUGUCUCUUGUGCCUCCGCUGCAAGGUUGUUAAACUUGCAUACAGUUAGAUGGCAUUGUUGCAAAGAUGACUGCUGCAAAAAAAAAAUAAAAUAAAAAUGAAUAUGCUUCUCAUGUGAGCCAAGAAUUAAAAAAAGAAAAACCUUCACGGAAGCAGAGCCAGAGAAAAAAAUGGGUGUUAGACUGAUAGAGAGUUGGAGAAGGUGGAGACAGCAGCAUCAACCUCAGGUUUUGCAUAUUUUCCCAGCGUCUUUGAUGCACUGAUCAUUUACCAACAUGAAGUGCAACUGCCUCCUCACCUGCCACACUGCCUCUCCUGACUCACCUGGCCUCUGAGGCAGGCCCUACUUGUGGGUGUGGGCUUGAAACAGUUAAAAAACAGUUACACGCCACAGACAUUUUAAUAAUCUUUUUAACUAACACAUCUUUUCAUCCAAACAGUUGUUAUUGCUCAUACGCCAUGAAAAUGCGUCAUCCCCCUUAAUGCUUUUUUAUUUUUUUUAUUUAUUUUUUGUUAUGUUUUUGCAAAUGUUGAUUUCACUUAUUAAGGGAAAUGAACGAUGCAAACCAGCCUGCUGCUGUGUCAAGAUGUAAUUUCCUUCUGUGGUAAGUCAUAAAUAACUGAGCUUAGCAACAUUUUUGAUUCAGUUUCACAAGCUAAACUCAACCAAGAUGAUACUUAAAUGGAAUAAAAUUGAGAUAAUUUGACAUCUAAUGCAACUUCCAAGGCUUUGAGAGUCCAGAAAACAAUAGUGAGAGUGAGUAUUCACACAACACAGAAUAACAUUGAACCUUCUCAGAAGUGGACAACCAGAAUUACUUUAGCAAAGCAUCAAUUUGUUGAUGGCAUUCAAAGCACUUCAGGACUCAUUUACCUGGGUUUGGAUCACAGAUCAUGAUUCAACAAUAUGAAAGAAAAACUGGAGAGAAGGGAUUCCAUGAGAGAAUUCAAAGUCAAAAACAACUACUAACAAAAAUUCAAAGGCUUAUCUACAUUUGCUAAAGAACAUCUUUUUGCUUCCCAAAAUUUUGGAAUCAAUGAGACCCCCAGACGUAACGGUGUCAGUAUGGUGAUUUGGAGGUGCGACUGAUGGAACCGUUACUUCUGAUACCAAGAAAUCCUGAAGAAGAAUUUCCGGCCAUCUGUGUGCGAGGUGCAGCUGGGUCAUGCAGUUGGGCAAUUAUCCAAAAGCACAAAAAGAUAAGGUUUUGAAGUGGCCUAAUCAAAGUCCAGGCCUAAAUAUCACUGGGAUGCUGUGGUGUUAACUUUCAAGAGACAUUCAAGCUUGAAAACUCUCCAGUGUGACUGAAAUAAAGAAAAGUGGGCAAAGAUUUCACCAGAGCAACAUAGCAAACUAACUUUCAGUUGUCACCAUCUGUUGCUGUCACAGACAACGGGUAUCACAACCAAGAAUUAGAUUUCCACAUCAGAGCCAUGUUGAUUUAAUGAGCUAUUUUCACUUAUUAAAUGAAGUAAUUUGUCAAAACAGUUUUUAUUGCAGCACAUUAUGGCAAACCUUGACAAAAAAAAACAAAAAAACAAGACAUCUGUAAAGAAGCAAAGGCUGUUCCAUUGAGUUUCAAUUAAACCCAGGAUGAGAACAGGCCCUGGAAACUGUACAAGUCUAGUUAGUCCACCUUGAGAAGUUUUUGUGUUCAUAGAAAGACUCCCUUUAGAAACAAACAAGUCUGGCUUAUCACUUGACACACACACAAACACACUCUCUGCUUCUGAGUGAGCGUUGGGGGAAUUCCCGCUAACCUGCAUGUGUACUGGUGAUUUGCGUAUAUUCACUAAUCUGGGGGUGUUAAGCUUUAACUGUAAAUCCACCGACACCUGGACACACAGAUAUAUACACAUAAACACAAAGACCCUUGCUCAUCAGCAACUGAUGGUGGGCCUGAUAAGAGGCAACACAAUCAUCUUAAUUGCUUCAGAGCUGACACACUCAUGACCAACAGUGUGUGUAGGUUUCUGAAUCAGUUUUAUAAGUCACCUGCUGCACCGAGACCGUUGAAUGGUAUGAGUGACUCAGACACGCUUUUUAAUUUCCCUUACACACGCAUAUAGACAUAUAUCACACAUGCCCAGCAACAGGCUAUGUAUACACAACGAUUGAAGUCAACUGCAGAAUUGUUUUGCACAGCUUGUGGACAGAAAGUUACUGAGCAAUAAUUCUUGCCUCUUUCCAGUUGCCCCUACAAGCCAGACAUUCCCUAAACUAGUUAAUAAUUGAAGAUGCCACUGUCUAUUCAUUAAAAUGUUGAUUAUUUUGAGUUUCUGGAUACCCAACUCUUUCAGGGACACAAAUCAAGUAAGUGAAACUCUGUGUCGGUGUGUUUAUAGGUGUGUUUCAGACUGCAAGCGUCCAGAGACUGUCUGGCCUUAUCACCUUGUGUGAAUACUCCAGGUGCGAGCAGAGCAGUAGGAAUCCUAACCGUCGUCUAUCUGACUGAAAGCCCAGGGUUUUUCCAAACACGUUUAUCAAGUCUUCCUUAUUCACCUCCUGGUGUUUUCUUAAAGAGGUCUCUUAGGUUUUUUAUUUGUAAAAAAAUAAUAAUAACAAUAAAUCAAAAAUGUAAAAAUAAAAUUCAAAGUUCAAUACAUUUAUAAGUCAAAAAGUUUGAAAAUCAGCUGAGACUGAAAACCGUUUACAACAUGAAGAAAAUACUCAAAUGUUUCCUCAUUGUCUAUGUGUUUUAUUGUGACACACUGUUGUUGUACAAUGACGUGUACAACAAUGUUACACGUCAUUUUUUGGGAAUCUGGUGGCCAGUUAGAGGAACAUUAUCUCUGUAACCCAUAAACAUAAUUUAUCAUCUCAAGCACUUGUAGAAUGAAAUAUUUCCCUGAAAAAAAGUUUUGUGAGCUCAGUUCAUUCAUAAAAAACAUGAAAAAAAUAGAAAAUUGUUAGGUGAGGAACAUUGGUGGAGGAUUCCUACAAUAGAAUUGCGAGUGCUGCCACAAUGAUAUUGCUCGUUACUUUAAUUGCUGAUGAAUGUGAUAUAAAUUGGAAGUUUUCUUCUUCUUACAAGAAGAAAUGAAUUUGAUGUUCUCACACAAAUUGAGGUGAGACUUUAAAAAAAUCUUUGAUCUUAUUUGUUCUUCCCUCAAAUGUUGUAAAAUACCUUUCAAUCCCUAAAUAGUUAUAGAUUUAUGUUUGGACACGAGAUUUAACUUUGCGCCCUCACACCUUUUUUUUAAAUUAUUUUUAUCUUUAACAUGGAUGGAUUUAUCAUAGAGAUUAUAUAAAAAUAACAAAGCUCCUGUUAUGUCUGUGUCACUUUGAGUCUUGACAGUGACAGUUCAUAAAAAACAAAUUAUGGUCCUGAUUGCAGCGUGAUGCAGGGUGGGUUAAUAACAAACCUAAUAAAAAGGUGGCUGUUUACGUUUUUGUGAAGCUUUUACUAGUACUAAACGAUCUUUUGCCACAGGGACAAAACUGAAACGUGUUGUAUAAUCUUAAUCUAACAUAUUCAGAUGAAUGUACCUUUACAUUGUUUGCAUGUGUGCACACCCUACCCCCGAGGGUUAAAACAGUUGUGUAUGCUCUUCUGUACAUUAGGUGUGACCAUUUUCUCUUGUUCUUGGAUCAUUUCGACUUUAAAUCUCAUCAGCAGUGAGUUGCAAGUUUAUGCAUAGCCUAGUAGUAACCAUGAGACAGAUUUGUUCAGUAAUUGUUCAGUAAUAGAGAGCAUGUGGCAUUCCUCUCUUUGGAAGAAACCAAUCCAGAAAAUCCUAUUGAAAAUUUGUGGACUAGCCUAUGUUUGAACCCCGUGUUUGUGUCAUAAAAGCAACCAAUCUGAAUGAUUUCUACUAACUCUGCCAAAAAAUAUUGCGGCGAGAGUGUUGAAUUUUACCAGAAUCCAGUUGAUACCUACAAAAGAUGUGGUUGAGGUGCAACUUGCUGGAAAACAUUUAACCAAAUAUUAAUGAGGAAAGAUUUGAGCUUGGAUGUGUAAUUUUAUCACUGUGACCGUUUUAAAACAUGCUUACACAGUUUUGUACACUUUGUCUGACUUCACCUCUAUCAUCUUUGCUCUGUGUAUAUCCAUGAAGCAAUAUUUUGGUAUAUUUGAUUUGAAGUUAUUAUACUCGUUCCUGCAAACACAGUGGCAGUUUUUAUUAUGGAGAGAUAAUGGUUCAGGUGUAAAACAUAAAUGUAAUAUAUUACAUGUCAUAUAUUAUCUUACCAAGGAGAUCAAUUGUUCUGAGCUUGGGUUCAUUAUGACCACAAAUUCAUCAGUCAAUAGCAUUUUAAUUAUAUUUUUUCUGAUUUAUUGUAUUUGUUCUGGGUUAAUCUGUCAACAUUUACUCCCUGUGUCCCAGAAAGUGUUCCAUAGAUGUAUUCUGUUUUGUAUAAUUUUCUGAUGUCUCUUGUUUCCAGCUGAGGCUUGCAGGUCAGUUUAGCAUACAUGGUUUUAUUUUUAGAUUGUUUUCGGAAUCCCUCAUGAAUGCCAGGUACUCAGCCCACACAGAGAAAACCAGGAAAUUAAAUCUUGUCUGCCUGAAGUGAAUGAUCUGCUUGUAAUGUUUUCACUGAGAAUAAUGCACUCUUUGAAAUCAAGGUAAAAAAAAAAAAAAAGUUAUCCAUCACAGUCAGCACAUUGAAAUAUCAAUUUAAAGUAAUUUGCUUAAGGAUCUUUGUACUGAAAUUCUUGCAAAACACCAGAAGCAAGUAAAAUCUAUUGACGUUUUCAUUUGUCAUAAAUCCAGAUUAUCUGGGUCCAAAGGCUCAAGAGGGCCCAAAAACAGAAUGAUCAUCCAUAAACAAAUCCAAGCUUAAAACUGCAAUAAUGGUUCAUGUGUUUGAGUCUUAAAAAAGAGAGACUUAAACACUGCAGGAAAAAUAGCCACUGGGUGCAACCUUUUAACAGAACUGCUGAAAGACAAUCUGGAGCAACCUGUUUAGGUGAGAUUAUUAGCGCAAUGAAUCGCUAGUCUGUAACGAUUUUGAAAACGAAAUACCAUGUAGUCUAUUUCAAAAUACAUAAAGAUACAGGAAUCAUUUGUCCUCUGGUAGUCUUCUCCUGACACAACAGGUUACUUCAGUUUGAUGCGCUAGCAAAUUUGUUGUUACAGUAAAGGAAAAAAAUAACAUAGCUGGGGGAAUCCCUCAACACCGACUGCCCACAAGGGAAAAAAAAAAAUAAAUGUUACGCUGCCGUUUCUUUUGUAGUGGAAUCUACGCCUGUUAACACACACAAACGCACACACGCACGCGCGCAACCACCAGCACAAGCACACUUCGGCACAACAUUAAAAAAGGAACAAACCCAAUAGAAAGUCACAAUGAGGCAUACAUGCAAUGCAACCUGUACAUGACAUCAUGUCAUGCAUUAACCUGUGAUGCAAUGCUGGUGUCUGUUUCCUUCCCUCCAGUAGUUUACUGAUUUCGUUUUGUUUGACAGAUGUAGGUGUUUGCAGAACUGAGCAGAGGGGUCAAUAAGGAGUCACCAGAUGGCCUCUAAAGCCACUAUGCAGCUGUCAGCGUAGCAAUUGAAUUUCUAAAGAAAAUGUUUUCUCCUUAUACAUUUUUGUAUAGUAAAACAAUAUAAAAGAAUGCAGUUUGUAUAUUGAAAGAUAUACAAACCGCUGCAUAUUUAAUCAGUGUAUGCUUACUUUAAGGUGAUUAUAUGGGGGUUGCUAAUGAUAACACCUUAAAGUUAUUUUGUGACAUCUGAUUAAAGAGAUAUGUCUCUUUCUGGUUUUCUUUCUUUUUCUCAUAUAUAUUUUCGCUAAUAUAUAUUCACAAAACAAAACAUUUUCCCUUACAAACAUUUCCUUGUUGUCCCAGAUAGUAAACAGCCAGAAGCUAAAAUGUAUUCAGAAGCAAAGUGAACAUUAUUUGCCAUUAAUGAAUUUUUAUUACCAUAACAGUUUAAUAUUUUCCUUUGUUGCUUUUAAUCUAUUAAUAUUUUUUAUGACAUUUUAAUACAAAUUCUAGAUUACAGCAGACAUGUUUACUUAACUCUACCUGUAUGUCUCCAACAGCACAUUAAAGCCAUAAUUUUCCUCCAAUGUGACAAGUGCAAUGAUAAGAAACCACAGACAUCCCAGGGGCUGUGAUUUUCAGGAAAUAAAAGUACAAAAAAACAUCUGGGCGUAAAGACAACAUUUAUUCUGUUUUUAAGAUAUCGGUAAAUUAGAAUGUCAUCAGAUAUUAUUAUUAUUAUCUAUUAUGUUAAGUAAAAGUAAAAUUGCUUCAUUACGAGAUAAAUCUUUACUAUGAAAUUUUGCUUUUCUUAGAAACAAAUUGUAAGUUUGAAUCGACUGUAAGCCCCUUGAAGUGUGUCACUCUCUACACAAGUGUUGUUUAAAUUGUUGUCUUUAGAGUUUUAAUUUGAACUAAAUAACUAAUGAACUCUUAAUGUGGUAUGGUUGUACUGAGAGCUGAAUACAGAGGACUUUUACAAAACAAGUUGACGUAGCCUGGAUCGUUAGACUAGACCCUUCCUUUGUGAUCAGAUGUUCAAGUUUAGUUUGAAAUUACGAAACUUCACAACUGGAACAAAAAGUUUGUUUUGCCAUAGGUCUGUUUUGAAAAUGAACAACUUCAAUAUUUUGCUCUUUUAAAACUUAAAGGAAUGGAACUAAUGGUUGAUCUUGGUCAAAUUGUUUUCUAUCAAAUUGUUCAGAGAGCUAAUUUCUAUCAUGCAAACCUUAAAAGACGCAGGAUUGAAGGAGAAACAUAAAACCAUAAGUGUAAACUUAAAUUUUUUUUAUCUAAAUGUAGAAUUUGUUCACAGACUGCAAUUUUAGUUGAUAAAAUUACAAGCCCAGUGUUUAAUUUUUUAAAAAAGAGUCUUAACUUUUUAAGUGUGCUGAAGUUUAAAAAAAGAAAGUAAAAUAGCAACAUAAAACAAAUCAAGUCCACUUUGCCUAAAACCGACAAUCCAACAAGUCACACCUUUGCAUCAGAUACAGGCACAUAGCAAACUUUUUUUUUUUAUUGUACAUUGGUGUGGGGAGAAAAAAUUCUCCUAUUAGAUCAGCAGAUAUCCAGAAAUACCCUGGUUCUGCAAACCGCUCCCACCUCAGCACUCGCUGGCCAAUGGGAAGGGGAAGUAGGGUGUGUACACAUGCCAUAUAAGAGAGAUGAUGCCCAGGUAGUGGAGCAUUGUACAGGUGAGCGCUCCAAUUCUCAUGUCGUCACUCUUCACUGCCUGAGGAUACUACUUCACAGCACCGGACACAGGACCUGACAAAGGUGCAGCUACACUUUUGUCAUUUUAUUUAUUCAUGUAUUUAUUGUGUUUUGCUGUCAUAUGAUUGUCUCUUACAUCUGAGAGAAGUGUCUGUGAAAGCAACUUUCAUUUCCCCUUUUAUGUUUUUUUGCCUUGAUUCUGUUGUCUAAUAAGAGUUUUGUUUCUUUGGUUUUUUCUUCUAGUUUGUCCUUCAAGCAUGCUGACAGAGUUAGAGACGAGGGCUUAUGUGCCUGAGGUGAAGCUGGGUGGAUGUCGGGGUUCCUGGAGUGGGCUGGCCCCCUCGUCCUGCGCUGAGGUCGACCUCGAGGUCAUUGAGGAGUACCUGCAGGAGCAUUCGCUUGAGGUCCAACCCGCUCACACACCUUCAACAUCUAUGGCUGCUAAUAUGGGUCACCAAACGCACGUUCACUCCCACCGGGACGCCAGGAUCAUAGAGAACAGCUGGUCGGGUCAGCAUCCGUACGAGUGGCGCUACGGCUGCCACACUCCAAACGAGGAAUACAAGGAGCCAACUCCACAUCCAGCCUGGCAGAGUCCACAAGUCCAAUAUGAACACAUAACAUACUACGAGCCUACAAGUAUAUACAUUGAUUCAGACUCACAGUCAAGCAGUUCCCAGUACCAGGAUUACCAAGAUUCUCCAUCACCACCCUCCAACAGAGGGGAGAGGAAGGACAGAAGUUUGCCUCUGGCACCACUAUCAGGAAAGAGGAAGGAGCGCCUGUUCCAGUUCCUGUUUGAGAUGCUCCAGACUCCAUCAAUGAGGAGCUGCAUCUGGUGGGUCCAGUCCUCCUCUGGGACCUUUCAGUUCUCCUCCCAGAACAAGGAGAGCCUGGCUCAGCUGUGGGGUCGCCGGAAGGGAAACCGCAAGACCAUGACCUACCAGAAGAUGGCACGGGCACUAAGGAACUACUCACGGACUGGAGAGAUCCACAAGGUGAAGAGGAAGCUCACAUACCGCUUCGAUGAGAAGACACUGAAAGGCCUACAAGGAGACAGCAAAUUAGAGUAGCUAGUGUGUCAAAGAGCUCACAUCAGAAAAUCAUUGGACUCAUGUGACAUAUUUUGUGCAGAUUCUAACUAUAAGGUAUUUUUAAUGACAAAUAAAUACUAAGUAUUUGAAAGGCUAGAGCAUUAACUCCUGACAGUCGGAGCUUUGUAUAGAUACAGCAGUGGUGUGUGAGAAGACUGAACAAGAAAUGAUGAAAGUGAUACAUGCAAAUUUCAGGCUGUGAAUGAGAGGUCAGCUGGCAAACAGUAAAUCUAAAAGAUUAUGAUAUAUUCCCUACUUUAUAAGUAGAAUUUAAAUCUAACUCUUAAUAAAAGUUGUUUUUCCUCUGUUUUGUAAUUCUGUGUUGCAGGUAUUCAUGAAAAUAUGUGCAUAAAUGUGCUCUGUGUCAAAAUAUCUUGUUCAAGAUAAAAUAAAUUGAAAAAGAGCAGAAAAAAAAGUCUUACUUUUUUUCUCUGUUUGUGUACACAAACAAAGAUGCCUUAUGAAGAGCAGCUCUUUGAGAUAAACAUUAAUGUGCUUGAAGCAAGCCCACAUACACAGACUUACUGUACCAGGGCAGACACAGGCAUGUGACCAUAGCCAAAAUUCUAUGCAAAGCAAGCAUGCAUUAAAAACCGCCACAGCAAACAGACCAGCUAAUCAGUAACAUCCAAAAAACACCCUCACAACAAUAAACGCACACACGCAAACACACACACAUGUUUGCGCAGCUAUCUUUGCGGGGACUUUCCAUUGACUUCCAUUCAUUUCAAAAGCCUAAACCCUUACCCUUACCCUUAC